AUGGACUUACGUCUUAAAAAACCUAUCUAUCUAUCUAUCUAUCUAUCUAUCUAUCUAUCUAUCUAUCUAUCUAUUGAUGUUUGUUCCUAUCUAUCUAUCUAUCUAUUGAUGCUGCCUCAAUUCUGUAAUGAAAUAUAUAUAUAUAUCUCUUGUAUCUAUCUAUCUAUCUAUCUAUUUAUCUAUCUAUCUAUCUGUCGCUACUUUUUUAAUAUCUAUCUAUCUAUUAGACUCUUUCUAUCUAUCUAUGUAUGCAUCUAUAAAUUUAUCUAUCUAUCUAUCUAUCUAUCUAUCUAUGAAUCUAUCUAUCUAAAAGGAAUCUUCUUUCUUUUGUUGUACGUUUUUGUCUCCCCACCUCUCUUUACCUUAUUUAAUAUCUUUUGUUUUUAUUUUCCCUUUGAUCUUUUUUCUUUUUUUCUUUUUCUAAAUUGUUCUUUUUUUUUUUUUACUUUUAUCGUUCUUUUCUUCACACACUUUUUCUGUCUCUCUAUCAUUCUCGAUUCUUUGUUAUCUUUACCUUUGGUUCUUUUUUUCUUUUUUCUUUCUUUCUUUUUUUCUUUCUUUCUUUUUUUCUUUCUUUCUUUAUAUUUUACCUUUUUUUCUCUAUUAUUUUUCUUUCUUUCAUUUUUCUUUCUUGCUUUUUUCUUUCUUUCUUCCUUUUUCUUUCUUUCUUUCUUCCAUUCUUUCCUUCUUUCUUUCGUUUCCCUUUCAUUCUUUGACACUUAUUUCUCUUUCUUUCGCUUUUUUAUUUUCUCUGAUUUUCUUUUCUUUUCUUUUCUUUUCUUCUUCUUUUUUAUAUUCAUCGGAUGUUCUGAGCAUUUAUUUUUUUUAAACAAAAUUUCUUUCUUUCUCUGCAUCACUUUUCCUUUUCUUUCUCAAUUAUUUAGCAAUUAUUUCUUUAUUUACAUUCCUCAUCUUUCUUUCUUUUUUCGUUCUUUCUUUCUUUCUUUCUUUCUUUCUUUCUUCUUUCUUUCUUUCUUUCUUUCUUUCUUUCUUUUUUCUUUCUUUUCUUACAAUGCUUUUCUUUCUUUCGUUCUUUUUUCCUUACAUUGCUUUUUUUUUUUUUCCUUACAUCCUUUUUUUCUUUUUCUCUUUUUUUUUUCUUUUCUUUCUUUCUUUUUUCUUUCUUUCUUUCUUUUCUUACAUUGCUUUUCUUUCUUUCGUUCUUUUUUCCUUACAUUCCUUUUCUUUCUUUCCUUACAUUACCUUUCUUUCUUUCUUUCUUUCUUUCUUUCUUUCUUUCUUUCUUUCUUUACAUUACCUUUCUUUCUUUCUUUCUUUCUUUCUUUAUUUCUUUCUUUCUUUCUCCAACUAUUUCAUUUACAUUGCAUCAUCGACAUUAUUUUCUCUAUUUCCUGUCGUUUAAACGUCUGUUCAGGAAUUUUAUCGAAUAUUCGCAAUAUGAGGCAGACCGAAACUCGUAAUUUGAAAUCUUCCAUUUUUUCUUUUUUUUUUUCUUUCUUUCUUUUUUUCUUUGCUUUCUAUCUUUUUUUUUCUUUCUCUUUUCCUUUUUAUUUUCUAAAAUUUUCUUUCUUUCUUUCAACGCUCUCUUUCUUUCUUUCUUUCUUUCUUUCUUUCUUUCUUUUCUUUCUUUCUUUCUUUCUUUCCUACAUACUUUCUUUUCUUUCUUUUAAAUUUUUUCUUUCUCUCUUUCUUUUCUUUCUACGCGCUUUCUUUCUUUCUUUUUUCUUUCUCUCUUUCUUUCUCUCCUUCUUUCUUUCUUUCAGGAAUUUUUUCUUUCUUUCUUUCCAGAAAAUUUCUUUUUUGUCUUUUCUUUUUCUUUCUCUUGGAUUUUUCUUUUUUUUUUUUUUCCUAAAAAACGCGAUUUCUAAAUUUCUUUCUUUUUUUUUUCUUUCUUUCUUUCUUUCUUUCUUUUUUAGCAAUUUUUUCUUUCAUUCUUUCCACGAUAAAUGGAUUAAAAUUUCUUUUUUCUUUCUUUCUUUAGUUCAUUUUCCAAUUAUUCUGAUUUGUGAAUUGAACCAAUUAUAA